GACUCUCUUAACAAACCCUAAUUUUUUGACCUCUCUCAUGGCUUCCGCCACUUCCAAUAACUCUGCUUCUUCUUCUAUGUCUCCUCGUCGUAUGAGCGAGAAUCACGGCAGCCCUAUCGCUGCCGUAUCACAAUCGCCUCGCCGUCCUUCUCGGCAGGUUUCUUCUCCGUGGACUCAAAUCGUCCGCGGCGAAUCAGAGCCGACCGCCGCCGCCGCCGCUGCAGCUGGUCCUUCCUCUCCUCAAUCCAGGGCUCCGAUCGAGCCGAUUGCUUCUGUAUCCGUUGCUGCUCCACCUGCUUCUGUUUUGACGGUGGAGGCGGCGGCUGGAGAUGAGAAAUCGGAGGAAUCUGGUAAUGCGGGAAAGAAACCAGUUUGGAAAAGGCCGUCUAAUGGGGCUUCUGAGGUUGGACCUGUCAUGGGAGCUUCAUCGUGGCCUGCUCUUUCUGAGACCACCAAAGCUCCUUCGAACAAGUCUUCUUCUGAUUCGUUAAAAAGUCUCGGUGAUGUACCAUCAUCAUCAGCAUCAUCAUCUGUCCCCGUUUCUCAGGGAAUUGCAAAUGCUUCUGUUACUGCACCAAAGCAAGCUAGCCGUGCAAACCCUAAUCCAACUCAAAAUCACUCGCGCCAGAGAUCAUUUAAACGCAAUGGUGCCUCUGGAUCUGCUAAUGGUACUGUUUCUCAACCAUCAGCGCAGGGUUCAUUUGCCGAAUUGCCUUCGCACAACCCUUCUCCUAGAGGCCAAAACCAGAAGAAUGGCUUUGCGUCACACAACCAUGGUGGUAUUGAAAACCUAUCUCAACGAGACUCCAGCAGGAACCAAAACGGUAAUCAUCACCAAAGUCAUGGUGGCAGGCGCAAUCAGGAGCACGGGAAUCAAAAUUGGACUUUUCAAAGAAGCUUUAAUGGGAGAGAAGGAAAUGCACAAUCGCAAAGAGGUAUUCCAGCAUUUGUAAGACAUGCACCACCACAUGCGCAGCCAAUUCCUCCUCAGUUUAUGGCAGCUCAGCCUAUUCAGUCUUUUGGUGUGCCCUUUCCUGCUGAAUUGGCAUCGUCGGGGCCGUAUUAUCCCCAUAUGCCACCUUUCAUGACACCUCUUCCGCAUGGUCCGGUCUUCUACCAUGUUCAAGAUCCUCCACUACACAUGAAACUACAUAAUCAGAUACAAUAUUAUUUUAGUGAUGAUAAUUUGAUUUCAGACAUAUACCUUCGCGGGUGUAUGAAUGAACAGGGUUUUGUUCCGCUACGUGUGGUUGCUGGUUUCAAAAAGGUUGCAGAACUUACAGAUAGUAUCCAGCAAAUAUUGGAGGCUCUACAAAAUUCACCUUCUGUUGAAGUACAGGGUGAAUCAAUAAGGAAGCGCCAUAAUUGGCAAAAUUGGUUGCUUCCUAGAAUGACGAUCCCUGCAGUUUCUAGCCCCCAAUCUGGUGAUAGGGCAGAUGCUGUGGCAAAACGACUUGGAAACUUGUCGGUUGAUCAGAGCUCGGCUGAUCCCAUUGGUGGUUCGAGCAGUCAGUUGCAACCUACAGAAGCUCUUUCAGAUGAUCAGCAACAGUCUUCUGGUGCUGCUUCAGUGAGCAACCACAACAACGUCCCGGAUGGUGCAAACCGUUGAACCACCAAGUUUGGGGGCUGUUGGUUAGUGUUGGACAUGAAUAUAUUAUUUUGUCCUGC